AUGGAAAGCAAGAAUAGAAGGAGAAACAAUCGGAGUCUAGGAUCCUCUAUACAAUUGGCUAAUGUUCUUGGCUCUGGUGCAAACAAGAUCAAGAAGAAAAUCAGAGAUAUCGAAAGGUUGUUGCAAAGAAAAAGAGAUACAUUGCCAGACACAGUGCUCAUCGAGAAGGAAAGAGCACUAGAAGCGCUCCAAUUUGAAUUGAAAAAUGCUGAAACCAGACAAAAGAUCAAAAAGAAUGCUAAGAAGUACCACAUGGUGAGAUUUUUUGAAAGAAAGAAGGCCAUUAGAAGGUAUACUCAAGCUCUCAAGCAAGCGCAGGCGCAUCCCGACGAAGCAAGCUACAAAGAUGCUCUACAAGAACGUGCAAUCGAUGUAUGUUAUGUUGUGAAUUUUCCAAAGACAGAAAAGUACAUAGCGCUUUACCCCUCAGAAAAUGACGUUGAGUCGAGGGAUGAGAAUGUCAAGAGAGGCAUUAUAAAGACAUCCGAGAGGAGAAAAGCGUUCCGCAUUGCUGUUACUAAGCAAUUACAAGAUGGAACUCUUCCCGUGUCUUUGGAAGAGAUUUUAGGCGGCAAGAAAUUACGCAAAGAAGGAACCGGCAUAAUGCUUGAUACCAAGGUUGUAUCUAAUGAGAAAAAGCAGCAGAGUGCUUUCGAUGAAGAUACCCCUGCAAAUGACGAAGAAGACGACUUCUUUGAAUAA